AUGACGAGCUUCAAAGUCCUCCUGAUCAAGUCACGGGUUGCACCUUCCACAUUCGCCGCCCACUGCCACCCAGACUCAUCCGCCAAUCUUCCGACUUCAGACGACUCGACGGGGACUCAUGCGGCUGGCAGCGGACAGAACCAGCGCCCGACUUCUUCGUCAAUAGCUGGCAUAGUGGCACCAACACAUGGUCACAUCUAUCACCAACGUCUUAGUCCACGUCGACGUCAACGUCUAUCGCUAUCCUACGCCCCACACAACUGCCUGGGAUGGCAGAUAAGCAUCAAGAUGGACGGCGGCAGUGGUAUCCCGGUCAAGCAUUACGCUGGCCGUAGAUGCGGUGCGCGCCGUCGUUCGCUUCUCUCCUCUGCACUUCCACCUCCCUCCCUUCCUUUCGUCAUGCACUCUCGGUCUUUACCCGCAUCGUCCUUUUCAAGACGUUCCAGAAUGAAUCUUAACAGACAUCAUGAAUGGGCUGUAGUGCGUGCGGAUGAGGGACCAUCAUUUUCGCCACCUACGCCGACGCCUUCCCUCCCCUUCUCCGUCCCGCCGCCCAACUCUGCCGUCCAAUCACAUCGCGCCAUGCUUGUCGCUGUCGCCUGCGUCGCACUCGUUCUCCUGCUCGGAGGCGGGGUCUCUCUCUUUUGGUACCGCCGUCACUCGCGCGCAGCGAGAAAACGAGCAUGGGAGAAAAAGUACGCGCUGGAAAAACCUCAGAGUGCCAUGCGGAGAGGAGCGCGUGUGCCGGAGCCCCCAACUGUAGUCGUUCAGCCCCCACCAGUGGCGAUCCAGAGCUAUCCACAGCCACCAGCGCAGUAUGCGUAUCCCAAUGUUUCCAUGCAAGAAGAACGACAUCCGAUCCAAACACGGUCUCCUUCACCUCUAUCUCCAGCACACAUUCGCGGAUCACAUGCUUCUCCUACUUCUUCGCCUAUAUCGUCUGCCCCCCUUUCUCCAAAUCACCUCUUGCUUCCGCUAUCGCCAUUACCGCCAACGAGUCCGCCGCCACCAGUGACGCCCGGGUCGCCAUGGACUACUGUCAAACGCUUCUCUGACUCCAGCCAUGUGUCAUUCAGCUCCACCGUCGAGAUGGGGCGCGGGUACGGCUGGAGCGGCUCGCCCACAAGCGCAGUCGUGCCGUCUUUAGUGGGCAUACAUCCCUUUUCCGCCAUGGCCAAUACGACCGACGAGGAGCUCGAGGAAGAGGAACGACAGGACACUGUCAUGCCGCUCCCCAGCUCCGCGUCAAGCAGCAGAAAUCCCAAUAACUCGAGCACACUGGCCCCGGCACUUUCCGAGAAGGCUGCCCUGGCCGCACUUGAACGCGCACGCGAGGAAGCAGCGGAACAGCAAGCCGAAGAUGCGGAGUCGUCGAGCGGAUCUCCGGGUCGGCCGUUCAGCGCCGCGCCAGCCUACCGCGAGAAAGACGCAAUGUUGGCGUUUGGCACGGUGCGCAACACUCCGGGGCGGAGCGGCGGGAAGGCGGGGUUGAUGAGCGUCGCGUCUGAGGUAACACUCCCUGUGUACGAACCUUGA